AAUCCCAAGCUUUCAACAUAUAUUUGUAGAUGCUAGAAAUCCCAAGAAAAACACACUAGCUAAUUACAUCCACUCUUUUGCGGUUGAAUCUCAUAUUUUUUCCAUCUUUCACUUGUGCAUCCUAAAUGUUGAGUGUUUAAACACUAUAUCCAUAUGCUCCUCUUUAAUCAUACUGGAUUACUAAUUAUUCAUAUUAAACCUGCAGUUUACAAAACUUACAACUAGCAUAAAUCUUUGAGUACUUGUUACUUGGUUUCAUUGUUUGCUUAUCUCUUGCUUGUCAUUGUUUGUUUCCACUCACGAUCUUGCACAUUUUGUUGAGCAUUCGCACAACAAGAUGGACACGCAGAGAGAAACGGAAGAUACAAAAAGAGAGUUAACGUCGGAAGAAGAAGAAGAGCGUGCGAAAGUGGAUAUGUGGAAAUAUGUGUUCGGGUUUGUUGAAAUCGCGGUGGUAAAAUGUGCCAUUGAACUCGGGAUAGCCGAUGCAAUUGAAAUCCAUGGCAGCCCCAUGACACUCUUAGAGCUCUCGUCUGCUCUAAGUUGUGAUCCUUCUCACCUUUACCGCGUCAUGAGGGUACUAGUCCACCUCAAAAUAUUCAAAGAAAAAACAACGGAAUUAGGCCCCAAAGGUUAUGCACAAACACCAUUGUCCAAACGGCUAUUAAAAUCCGGAGAAAAUAGCAUGGCUGCGUUAAUUUUGCUCGAGAGUAGCCCAGUAAUGCUGGCACCGUGGCACGGCCUAAGUGCCCGACUUCGAGGAAAUAGCAAUCCGUCAUUUGAGGCAGUGCAUGGAGAAGAUUUAUGGAGCUUUGCUGCCGCCAAUCCUGAUCACAGCAAGCUCAUCAAUGAUGCAAUGGCUUGUGAUGCAAGGGUGGCUGUGCCUGCAGUGAUUGAAAGCUGUUUAGAAGUGUUCAAAGGGCUUGAGACAAUAGUAGAUGUGGGUGGUGGUGAUGGGACUACGUUGCGCUUGUUGGUCGAGACUUGUCCGUGGAUUCGAGGCAUCAACUUUGAUCGUCCUCAUGUUGUGUCUGUUGCUCAUGAGUGUGAUCGGAUUGAGAAUGUCGGAGGUGACUUUUUUUAUUGUGUUCCGAAGGCUGAUGCUGCAAUUAUCAUGUGGGUUCUUCACGAUUGGGGAGACGACGACUGCAUUCGUAUCCUGAAGAAGUGCAGAGAAGCUAUUCCGAACGAUAAAGGGAAAGUUAUAAUCAUAGAAGCUGUGAUCGAAGAAGAUGGAAAAGAAGACAACAAGCUAGCAGAUGUGAGAUUGAUGCUAGACAUGGUGAUGCUGGCCCAUACAAACACAGGCAAAGAGAGGACCUUUAAGGAAUGGGGAUAUGUUCUUGGAGAGGCUGGAUUUAGCCGAUACACAAUCACACCUAUUCAUGCAGUCCAAUCAGUGAUUCAAGCUUUUCCAUAAAUUUAUGCAGCAAUUAAACUUAAGGAUGUCGAUUGGUAUUCUCAAUAAGUGCUUUUUUGUUUUCAAAGGUAAUUUUCUAGUGUUGUUGCUUUGUCAUCUGGCUUGUAAUAUUUGGAUUGUUUUGACAAUAAUAUAUAAUUGUGUGAUGUGUUAGAUU